CGCCACCGCAGAGCCUCUCGGGAAGCUUCCCAACGUCCUUGUGCUAUCAGGCGAACACCGACAGUCUUUAACCAAGGGCUUGUGGGGCUCUGUCAUUCACUCGUACUUAAACAGAACCUGAAUUUCAGAAAUGUUGGCUGCAAGGUUUCUCCGCCGGGCUCUCCCCGUGCUAAGGCAGGCGCGCUGCUACGCCGAGGCGGCCCCCGGCGCCCAGCAGAUGUCCUUCACGUUCGCCUCCCCGACGCAGGUGUUUUUUCAGGGUGCCAGUGUGAAACAGGUUGAUGUUCCCACACUUACCGGUGCGUUCGGUAUCCUUCCAGCUCAUGUGCCCACCCUGCAGGUGCUGAGGCCCGGCGUGGUCACAGUUUUUAGUGAUGAUGGGACCUCUGUCAAAUACUUUGUGAGUAGUGGGUCAGUAACAGUCAACGCUGAUUCCUCGGUGCAACUGCUAGCUGAGGAGGCUGUCCCCUUGGACCAGCUGGACGCUGCAGCUGCCAAGGUGAACCUGGAGAAGGCCCAGUCUGAUUUGGCUGGCACAUCUGACGAGGCAGCAAGGGCAGAAAUUCUAAUCAGCAUAGAGGCCAACGAGGCCAUCGUCAAGGCUCUGGAGUAAAUCUGUGGUAAGCAGUGGCCCACAGAGUCUCCAGCUGAAUCACGUCAGUGUCCAGAGGAUUCCAUGUUUCAUUUGUACAGUGGAUGAAAUUAAAGUUAAAUUUAUUUGGAA